AUGCCAAAACACAACUCGACAAGAAACUUGAAAGAAAACUCACACUUUGAACAAGUUUACUUUAUCCAAUCAAAUCAACAUGUUGACAGAUAUUUUUGCAUUCAUUGUUAUUGUGAAUUGUUUCCUGAACUAGACCCAAGCACAUACUGUUGUGAGGAUUGUAUGAGUGACACCCUAUCAUGCCCAAUUAGUUUCGAACCAUUUUCCUUGAUUUUGCUAGAAAAUGAUUCAGAACAAAUGAGUAGCAAGCCACUUGGUCCACACUUUGAAUUUCACGCUGACAUGAGAGAACCAAUUCCACAAAAUUUCACACCCCAAUACUUGGUGAUGAACAACAGAGGUCACACUCAACUGCUCAACUUGACAAAUCGUGAGCAUUUUAUUGGAGAAAGUGAUUUGAUUUGGUUGAAAACUUCAAUUCGUAAAAGAGAUGACAUUAGAUACUGGAAAAACAGUGAUUGGGAAGAAGUUGAAUACGAUAGUGAUGUAACUUGGGUAAUAUACCCUAAUAACUGUUUAGACAUUUCACAGUCUUUGCUUAGAAUGCCUCCAGAUGAUUCCCUGGGAAGAUACAAGAGAAAUGACCCAAUUUUACAAUCAUUGGAUGAAGAAGAGGGUCAAUGUGUUCCACCAAUGAUAAUUGAGAAGAUUGUUACACAUUACUUUGAUGAAGAAUUUGGAUUGGGUACUUGCAAUUUUAAAGAAUGUAAACACGAGGAAGAUGCAUCACACUUUUUAGUGGUUGAUGAAGGUGUCAUGUUUAAAGAUUCAAAACUGCUGAAAUCGAAAAAAAUGGAACAGAUGAUUGUUAAAAGUUGUGAAAUUACAGAUAGCAUGACUUUAAUGAUGUUUUACCCAGUUGACUGA